CGGCUCACAGUUCGCUCCUGGAUGUUUCACUCGGCAGCGCUGUGUAACGCUGCGCGCGCUCUCCCUCUCACUCACACUGUGCGGAAUAAAAAGCGGAUUAUUAUUAUUUUUUUACACCGGUUUAACAUUUCCGUCAUCCGGUGGAGUUAUUUUCUAUUCGCUUCUCCGGACGAAGUGUCCAAGGGCUUGCUAACUUAGCGUAGCCUUCCUAGGUGGCAGACAGAAAACAAGUGCAGUUAGCCUAGCAUGCUAAUCCAAGUCAGUGGAGCCAGGCUUCCUCUGUGUGUCCUGUGCUAGUGUGUUAGCCACCGAGCUGCAGGAGUGUGUGUGCGUGGCGCGGUGCUUCAGGAGCGCGCACACACACACGCGCGCGCACACACAGAGCCCGGUGUAAAGACUUCACUUUCACUCGGUCCUUCGAGGAGCUAAUCUCCGCGCUGUAUCCAGGGGCAGUGCUAAUCACAGGGCUGGCGGCGGCGUGUCCUAUGGUCCAGCAUGCUGAAGACCCGACAGUGUUUACUCGGACUCCGCACUUUCCUCGGAGUGGCGUCCUGGAUUUGGGGCUUCAUCCUGUACAUCCUCAGGAAACACCUCCGCACGAUAAUACAGUACCAGACAGUGCGCUAUGACACGUUACCCCUCUCUCCUGCAUCCAGAAACAGACUCCAUGCAGUGAAGAGGAAGAUCUUGGUUCUGGAUCUGGAUGAGACUCUGAUUCACUCUCACCAUGACGGGGUGCUGAGGCCUACAGUCCGACCUGGAACACCACCUGACUUUAUCCUCAAGGUGGUCAUAGAUAAACACCCAGUGAGGUUUUUUGUGCAUAAAAGACCACAUGUUGACUUUUUCUUAGAAGUGGUGAGUCAGUGGUACGAGUUGGUGGUGUUUACAGCCAGUAUGGAGAUUUACGGCUCUGCUGUAGCAGAUAAACUGGACAAUAACAGAGGAAUCCUAAAGCGCAGAUACUACAGACAGCACUGUACGCUGGAUUUGGGCAGUUAUAUCAAGGAUUUGUCAGUAGUUCACAGCGACCUAUCAAGUAUAGUCAUCCUGGAUAACUCACCUGGAGCAUAUCGCAGUCAUCCAGAUAAUGCAAUACCUAUAAAGUCGUGGUUUAGUGACCCGAGUGACACGGCGCUCCUGAACCUGCUGCCCAUGCUGGAUGCACUGAGGUUUACCUCCGAUGUUCGCUCGGUUCUCAGCCGUAAUCUUCAUCAGCAUCGUCUCUGGUGAUGUUUUAAAAUCCUGUUAAACUCUCCACUGCUGGAACUGUUCGUCUCUGUCAGGUGACCUGUGAGUCAUCAACCUCCAACAAUCAGACUGGAGAGAGAGAAAGAGAAAGAGAGGAGACACGCAUACAUACACACACAUUGGACUGGAGCAGAGAGACAGGUGUUGCACUCUACCCUGGUUGUCUUUGUCCCGUGUGGAUCCUGCCCUACAGCUGAGUGUGUCUGUGACGGAUGGAGGGAUUUUUACACUUCUCCUUUAGUUUAUCAAUCUUGUUCUCCUUUCUAAAGAGUAAAUGAUUGGAUAAUUUGGACCGGACAGAUAUUUCUUCUCUUCCUCUUUUUUCUGAAUUGUAUCACUUAUCCCUUUCUUUCUUCAUUCUUUCUUGUUCAUUUUCUCUUUCUCUCUCUCUCUCUCUCUCUCUCUCUGUUUCUUUAGUUAUAUAAAAUGACAUUUCCUGUCUGAAGUGUUGCGCUACUUUCUGUUUACUACACAUGCAGCACUGCAUUAUGGGUAUUCUCUACAAGCUGAUGUUGGGACGCUACAGUGGUGCAUUGUGGGCUAUCCCAGUGUGCUAUGGAGCAGCGACGCCCCCUGGUGUUCUCGGCAGGCGGUGUGUAGUGAGCAGGGUUAGGAGUGCAGCAGGAAGUCCAGCGACUCGGUGUUCAGUAUUCUGGAAGCAGGACGUGACGUUAAUACCAACCUUACAGCACUCUGUCUCUCUCCCUCCUUUCUCCCUCUCGUUAGUUUCCUCUCCUGUAUGUCAGUGUGUGUGUUGGUGGGGGAUUUGGGGUUGAGCUGCGACGAGACUCUGAGAAACACAUACCUGCACAGCAGCAGUGUGUGAGAAAACAGACCUCAUUCCAAGACAUUACACUCAACUUCAUCAUUAUUUCUUCUUAUUUAAUGUUUAAAUCCUGGAUGCAGAUGAUGGAGGCGGAGCAAUACAGCAUCGGGACAUGCCCACAACUGAAAGUAUUUGGAUUACGUGUGGAGUCUAAAACACACGAUGCGCACUUAUCGUCUGCUUAAUUUUCUUUUUGUACCAGGGAUAGAUUUGAUUGACCCUCUCAUGCUUAUUGUUUUCUUUCCUCAUCUCUCUCUCUCUCUCUCUCUCUCUCUCUCUCUCAUGUAUACCAUACUUGACCUGCCCUUUGCCUAUUUGAACAAUAGAAAAGCAUAAGGUGUGUGUGUGCGCGCGUGUGUAUGUGUGAGAGAGAGUGAGUGUGUAUAUACACAUGCAGGUGUGAAUGAGUAAGUGAGUGCACACGUCCUCAGGUCUGUGUGUUAUUUCCAAUAAAACUCUUGUCAGCGUGA